AUGUCUUCCUCAUCAAGUGAUGAAGUAGAUGAAGCUUUAGAUGAAAUUGUCGACGAAGUAGUCGAUAAUUACAUCGACUCAAUGGUUAAUGCUCAAAUCAACAAGCCGAAGCGACGAAGUUAUAUCGAAAGAGAGCGGGAACUAGGACACAAACAACUAUGGAACGAUUAUUUCGCGGAAAACCCAACAUACCAGCCGGAAAUGUUUAGGCGCCGUUUUCGAAUGAACAAAACUUUGUUCCUUCGCAUAGUCCAAAGCCUAACUAAUGAACUGCCAUACUUUCAGCAAAGAAGAAAUGCUCAUGGAAGGUUGGGGCUAUCUGCACUUCAAAAGUGCACGGCCGCAAUACGUAUGCUGGCAUACGGACAAUCGGGAGAUAUGUAUGACGAAUAUCUCCGACUAGGUGAAAGUACUUCACGUUUAUGUUUGGAUAAUUUCACUAAUGGGAUUAUACAAUUGUUUGGAGCUGAGUAUUUAAGAAGACCUACACCGGCGGAUCUUCAACGAUUACUCGAUGUUGGAGAGGCACGGGGGUUUCCAGGGAUGGUAGGCAGCAUCGAUUGUAUGCAUUGGGAGUGGAAAAACUGCCCAACGGCUUGGAGAGGGCAGUUUACACGUGGUUCAUGA